AUGGGGGGAGUCAUCCUGCAUGGGCGGGGCGAAGCCCCUCCGCGCCUUCCGACGCAGAAAGGCGCCUGCGCACUGCCGCCGCCCCGAGCUCCCGGUCGUGCUGCAGGCUCUGAGCUGGCCUUCUUGUGGGAGCCGGGGGACGUGGUGGCCACACGGGAGCGCCCACUGGUGCUGCCGUGCCGGGUGGAGGGUGAGCCGCCCGUGUCCAUUUCCUGGCAGCGGGAUGGGCUGGCCCUGGCCAACGACAGCAGUGCCACCUUGAUGCCCGAUGGCUCCCUGCAUCUGGCCACGCUGCCUUCCCACUGGAGCCUCCCCUCCCGUGCCCACAAGUACCACUGCGUGGCACAGAACCGCUUUGGGUGCCUGGUGAGCCGGUGGGCCCGGGUACAGCUGGCAAGUCUGUCGCGCUUCCAUCAACAUCCAGAGUCCUUCGAGGUUGAGCCGGGUGGAGUCGCCCGCUUCCAGUGCCUGAUCCGGGGAGUGCCGGAGCCUUCCGUUUCCUGGGAGCACAACGGCACGACCUAGAGUACUGCCAGCCACCGGGUGACGCUGCUGCCUCGUGGCAUGCUCCACAUCACCAGCGUGAGCCGGGCUGACGUGGGCACCUACCGCUGCGUGGCACACCAUGUGGCCAAUACCCGCCACAGCCAGGAUGGCUGGUUGACCCUGAAGGGAGCUGGGAGUGCCUGGUACAAAGAGCCUGAGAUUCUGUCUGGGCCUCAGAACCUGACGCUCACGGUGCACCAAACAGCAGUGCUGGAAUGCAUCGCCACAGGCCACCCACGGCCACUGGUCUCCUGGAGCUGCCUGGAUGGCCGCUCCAUCGGCGUAGAGGGCAUCCAAGUCCUGGGCACCGGGAACCUCAUGAUCUCUGAUGUGUCGGUCCAGCACUCGGGCGUCUACGUCUGUGCGGCCAAUUGGCCGGGAACCCGGGUCCGACGCACAGCACAGGGCGUCCUGCUCGUGCAGGCUCCGCCCGAGUUUGUCCAGUGGCCACAAUCCUUACCCAGGCCUCCAGGCAGCAGCGCUCUCUUCACCUGCAUGGCCCAGGGUGUCCCCGAGCCCCGGCUGGCCUGGUUGAAGAAUGGGAAGGGGCUGAGUCCUGGGGAUAACAUUCGGCUAACCCACAACAACAGCACACUGAUGCUGGCGGGGAUCUCAGCAGAGGACGAGGCCAUCUACCAAUGCGUGGCAGAGAACAGCGCGGGCUCCAACCAGGCCAGUGCCCGCCUGGCUGUGACAGGGGACCCAGAGCCACCCCCUACCCCCAGGGGUCUGCAGCCAAUGGCUCUCUCCACCUCUGCCAUUCGAGAGUCCUGGGAACCACCGCCCUCCAAUGGGGACAUCACUGGCUAUGUGCUGCACCUCCGGCCUGUUGGAGAGCCAGCCGCCCUCCAUGAGAUCAAGCUCCAGGCAUUCAGUGGCAACGGGGAUGGUAACAGCAGCGCCCGUGUUGUCUCUUGGCGUGAAGUGCUCCUAGCCGACCCUGCCUCUUCUGCAGACAGGGGUCCUAAGAGUGCUGGGCAGUGCCUCAGACUGCUUCGGACAGAGCUGGGGGCUGCAGAGGCCAGGCUCUGAGUGGAGGAAAGCCAGGGGAGAAGACUGAACUCAUCACCCAGGUGACCAUGGAGCAGCCGCCCUUAGCCUAGGGCCCUCCAAGUUGGCUCCCUCCCAGAUGCCACUAACUCCGGCCCCACCAAAGAAUCUACAUCACGUUUCCCUGACACCCCGGAGUCAAGAAAGAACCAAAGGUCCUUAAGCCCCUCUCUGGGAAGGGUCAGGUCUGACCAUAGUGCGAGAGAACAGGUUGUGAUUUCUGUUUCUCCCUUCUCCUCAAGAAAUGGGGAAAUCUGUGUCUUCCCCAACACACCAAAUAACCUCAAACUAAACCAUGUCAGGUGGGAGUUCUUCUCCAACCCAUUAGUCCUCCCUCAUAACCCCAUCGAAUAUAUCCUCUUGAUCCAAAUGUGAACUACCCAAAGAUAUAUAGCUUUAAAGCCCCCCCCCCCCGCCACCAGGAGGGGACUCAGGGCAAGGGGCUCUGUCAGCAACUCCAUCUUCCAACCUGAACUGCCCCCCGUCUGAAAUCUGUUUGUCUCCUCAUGCCUAAGCUGGAGUCUGACCAGGGACAGGCAACCUGCAUUCCUAGUGGUCUAAAUAGGCAGGUGGGCAAAGGGGCUGCCAAGUUCCGUGCCCCCUUGUCCCAACAUCAGAAGAGUUCUGAACAUCUAAGCUCACACACGCUGCUUCUCUGAGCAACCAAAUGCCCAUCUCCCCCUUUCCAGAUCCAAAGCACUGACCCCUUUUUGGGAGGUAUGCCUCCUCAUUUUUCUAUUUUUGAAAGGAGAUAUUAGUUUGCGUUGAGGUUCUGGUGGCCUUGAAUCCCUUGUAGAAUGAGCACAGACGCUGUGGAGCACCCCACACAUCUAUUCCCCUCAAUUCUAGGUGUCCAAAGACCACCUCUUUCCCACUCCUCCCUCUGACCUAUGGCCCUUCUGGCCCCCUUGUCCCUCUUCGUCCAGCUCUACCACAAACCUAAAACCAAACCCCAGGCGCUCCCUCAAUCUGCCUCCCUCCAAGGCUGUCCAGUAUUGUGCCAAGAAGUGGGUAGGGUCUUGGAGGAAGGAAAACCCAGGUCUUAGGGGGACCCCAAACACUGUCUCCUCUGUGCUCUUGUAGGGUGAUGCUCAUACCAGUGACAAGACCUCCAGCAAGGCUGGGCCUUGCCCCUCCCCAACUGCACAAGGGGCAUAAGCAGCUUUAACUAAUACGUGUGGCAGGGGACCAAGAGGUUAAGAACAGCCCCAACUUCAGGUCCCUGAGGAAGUAACAUCCUCU